AUGCCCAAAGCCCUAGCAGAGGAAUCUUCUCCGUACACCUUAAACCCAGCCCUCCUAGCUCUUAAGCCUCGUCAAGUCCUGAUCUCUUCUACCUCUAGAGCAGAUAUGGGGGAAGAGAGCAGCAAAGCCUUGACUUUGGAAUCUGAGCAGAAGGCUCUUCUUCUCCGUUCGAUUGCUCAGUACUUGGAGCGAUGUGGGUUCUCCAAGUGCUUCAAGAAAUUGCUCUCCGAAGCUGAAAUCGAGAAGAAGGAAUUGAGCAGUGAUACUUUACCGGAUCUAGAGGAAAUGUACAGCGAGUUUUUGAAGAAGAGCCAUGUCGAAGCUGUGGAGGUGAAAGAUGAAUCAGGAAAUGUAGAUGAGAAGGCAUCUGAUGUUCCUGAAAAGGAGAAAGAAGAAGAAAAGAAAGAAGAUGUGGUGAAUGGGACUGCUGAGGCGAGGGCCAUGGAAGGUGUAGAGAAGGUGAAGAAGGAGAAAAAGAAGAAGAAGAAGGAAACAAAGCCUGAGGUAACGGAAGAGGAGGAGGAGAAGGUCAAAGAGACUGAUGCCGAGAUCGAAGAGGGAAAAGAGAAGAAGAAGAAGAAGAAAAACAAGUCCAAAUCUACUGAGGCUGAGUCGUUGGGUGAUGAAGAUGAGAAAGUGUCCAAGAAGAGGAAAAGAUCAGAGCCUGAACAGACAGAAAAACAGACUGAGGAGGAUGAUGAAGAAUCAAAACGUAGGAAGAAGGAAGAGAAGAAUGUAGUAGAAGACGACGAGGCUGUUCAGGAAACACCUGUUAAGCAGAGUGACGCUGAGGAGAACGGAAACGUUGUUGAGAAGAGCGAAACGAAAUCAACAAAUAAGAAGUCAGGAAAAGGGCUUUCCAACUCUAAAGAGCCGAAUAAGCCGUUUCAGAGAGUGAUUGUUGAAAAGGUUGAGUUCGUUGACGAAAGGCUUAAAGACAACUCUUAUUGGGCAAAGGGUGGUGCUGAUAUUGGUUAUGGUGCUAAAGCUCAAGAGGUUCUAGGGCAAGUCAGAGGAAGGGGUUUCCGUCAUGAGAAGACGAAGAAGAAACGCUUUGCUUAUUUCACAAUAUGUAAACCGUUCCCGAACAAGGGUUCAAGUUUUGACUUUGUUGAUGCUCUCGUUUUGAAACUUGUAAGAACAUGA